AUGGCGUCCCCCAAACACAAGGCCAAGAAGAAACCGCCCAAAGACAGCAUGACGCUCCUGCCAUGCUUUUAUUUUGUCGAGCUUCCCAUCGUGCUGUCCUCCCUGGUGUCUCUGUACUUCCUGGAACUGACCGAUGUGUUAGCCCCGGCGAUGGUGGGCUUCCGAUGCUAUGACCGCGACCUCUCUAUGCCCUAUGUGGAGGCAGGAGACGAGCUCAUACCUUUACUCAUGCUCCUGAGCUUGGCCUUCGCCGGACCGGCCGCUUCGAUCAUGAUGGGGGAGGGGGUCAUGUACUGUAUGCAGUCCAGAUUAAGAUCCUGUCCAAAGUCCGAGAGCAGCAUCAACGCUGGAGGCUGCAGCUUCAACUCUUUUUUAAGGAGAACAGUGCGGUUCGUUGGUGUGCAUGUGUUCGGUCUCCUGGCGACGGCCCUAGUGACAGAUGUCAUCCAGUUAGCCACCGGGUACCACGCCCCCUUCUUCCUCACCGUGUGCCAACCCAAUUACACCGCCCCAGGGGUGUCAUGUGACAACAACGCCUACGUGACUCAAGACGUCUGCCUGGGCAAGGACCAGUACGCCAUCAUGUCCGCCAGGAAAACCUUUCCAUCCCAACAUGCAACACUCUCAGGCUUUGCGGCUGUCUACAUCUCUAUGUACUUCAAUGCAAGCAUCAGCAGUACCACUAAGCUCCUGAAGCCGUUGCUUGUGUUUGGGUUCUGCAUGGCGGCGGGACUGGCCGGCCUGACGCAGAUCACACAGUACCGCAGUCACCCCAUCGACGUGUAUGUGGGCUACCUCAUCGGAGCAGGCAUCGGAGUCUAUCUGGCGGUCUAUGCAGUGGGGAACUUUAAAGCCUCAGAGGAGGAUGCGCCGUGUGUCUCCAGACUGAGUCUGUCCCAGCAGAAAGACCUCCGGGUACUGAGUCAGCGCGGCCAUGACUCUCUGUACAGAAAGACCCCACGGGCGUCUGAAAGCAGAGAAGAGCUAGGGGCCGGGCUGGGGGCAGGCGGUCGCAGUAAGGUGCGCAGAGAGAAGGCAUCUCUGGCCUCCCUGAAGAGGGCUAGUGCUGAUGUGGAGCUGCUGGCCACCUGCAGGCCCAUGGGGAAAGAAACUAUGGUAACCUUUAGCAAUACCUUACCCCGAGUCGCCAACGGCAACAGCCCCAUCUCGCCCUCAGACGAGCCAAUCUCCACUCAGCGUCACAUGACCUUCCACGUGCCCUAUGACUCGCAGAGGUCACGGCAGCUGGUGUCGGAGUGGAAGCAGCGCUCCCUGGAGCUGCGCAGUCAGAGCUCUCGUGAGGAUGAGGAUGGACCGGACAAUACGGAUGGAGAUGAAGGCGCAGCAGGAGACUCUGAGCAGGCCAUGCCGUCCUCUCUCUACCCCACAGUACAAGCCAAAGGCAGCGCCACUCCAACCAUACCCCGUGUCGCUAUGGCCCCCCCGCUCGUCCACAUCCCUGAAGAGGCCUCCCGGCCACCUCCUGUCUCCCCAAAGAGCGCCAAGACACGAGCUAAGUGGCUGUUGCUGCAGGAGGGAGGGGGGGGAAAGGAGCCAAGCCCUGGGCCCAUCGCAGUCUCCACUCCCAGAGUUCCCAACAUCCAGCCCAGCCAGCCGCCCAGUCAGCAGCGAGUCACACAGGUCAUAGCCAUGUCCAAGCAGCAGGGCUCUGAGGGCUCUUCAUCUGGAGGUGGCUCGUCCUGCUCGGAGUCGCCUUAUUACCGGAUCCCCUCGGACCACGACAGCUGCAGCGGGAGUAACCCAGGAAGUAUCGCCGGAAGUGGGAGCAUUGUCACUAUAGACGCCCACGCUCCCCAUCACCCUGUCGUCCGGGUGUCUGCCCCCAACGGAAAGCCAUGGGAGUGGAGGAACACCAUCAGCGGCAACAUGAUCAGCACCGACGCCUCCUCAGACAAACAGCGCAGCGGUCUGCAGCGCCAGGACAACGUGAGCCAGUACCGCGACUACAGGACUCUGCCCGUUAAAAGCGACUCACACUCCUCCACCACAGGGGGCAGUAUGGAGGGACCACCGGAGCCUCCCGCCUUGCCCACGUCUCCCUCUCCGCUACCUCCCCCACCUCAGCUGUCCUCCUCCCCGCUCCCUCCCCCGCCCUCCCCUUCGCCUAUACCCCCCCCACCGCCUCACUCCAGCUCCUCCCACAUCAUGCCUGCGCACUCUAGCUCCACUCACUCCCACUCCAGCUCCUCCCAUUUGCCGCCGCCUCCUCCUCACUCCAGCUCCUCCCACACUCCUCCCCCGCCCCACUCCAGCGCCUCCCACAUGCACCCUCCACCUCCGCACGCCACCUCUGCUCACAUGCCCCCGCCGCUUCACCCUAGCUCCUCCCAUUUGCCCCCGCCCCAGCACACAAGCUCCUCCCACAGCCCUCCCCCGCCCCACUCCAGCUCCUCUCACAUGCCUCCCCCACCCAACCACAUCUCCUCGCACUCGCAGAGCUCCUCCCACAUGCCGCCACCGCCGCCGCUCUCUAGCUCCUCUCAUAUGCCGCACCAUAACUCCUCCUACUCACACUCCAGCUCCUCCCACAUGCCGCCGCCUCCUCUGCCCGCCUCGACCCCCCUCCUGCCCCCUCCGCCCAGCUCCUCUCCCUCCCCGCAGCCCACCAAAAUGCCACCGCCAUCGCCGCGCCUGCCCCACCACAUGCACCACGCUAUGCCACCGCCGCCGCACCCCUCCGCUCACAUGGCCUCGUCGCACUAUCAGCUGCCCCCGCCCAAAAUGCCCCUUCACCCGUCCUCCCAGCAGAUGCCCCCGCCGCCUCACCCCUCCACCCUGCUGCCCCCGCCCCCUCACCCUGACCUGCUCAUGGACAGCCACAGCCAGGCCAUGUCUCGCUCGUCCACGCUGCCUCGGCGGCCCUCUGGCUCGGCCCGGAGCCACGCGGAGCAGGAACAUUACUACAAGACGCUGCAAAACGAGCGGAUGUUAUAA